UCUUGUUCUUGGAAUCACUCGUUAAUUUUCAAAAACAUUCUACAGGUCAAAGUUCAAGGAACCAAACGGUGUUUUUUUCAAAUUGGUUCUAUGGAAUGUGUAUUUGUGUAUAUACAUACAAAUGUAGUAAUGCGUAUGUGGCAAAGUGUGUAAGUAAAUACAUUGGAAAGGUUAUGCUAUAACUUCCAAUAUUAAUUCUAUAAAAAACAAUACAUUACAAUGACAAUCAUAAUUUAAAACAAAUGCAGUUAGUAGAUAUUUAUUAUUAGAGUAAUAAAUUAUUAAAAUGACUGAAAAGUCUGGGUGUGGCGAAUUACAACAACUAGUACAGGAAGAAGAAUGUGAGGAACCAUUAAGUCAAGGUGGAGAAGCUACUCCGCCUUCUACUCCAGCAAAAUGUUAUCAUCCAAAUAAAAAUGAUACUCAUAGUUCUCACGUAUCGCAACAAGUAUUAUGGGAACCUAAUGUACAAACAUCGCCUAUGGUUAGUAAAGGAAGUUCUGGUCAAGCAACAAGUCAAGGAUCUAUGAUUUCUGGCCGUGCUGUGAACCUCUCAAAUCAUGGAAAUCAAUCACGUUUAAUUUUCAUGAAUGAAAAAGAAAAACAAAAACCAAGUCGACCAGAGCUAUCAAAACUGAAUCGUCAACACAAAGCUACUCUGUCAUCACAGAUGUAUAGUCACUAUUAUUAUUCCUUGACGCCAUGCAAACAUCAUUGCUUUUUGUCAGAGGUUCCUGAUGUCCGCCACAUGGAACAAGCUUUAUUACAACUGUUGGAAGAUUUUCAUAGUGGCAAUUUACGAGCAUUUGGAAAAGAUUGUAGUAUGGAACAGAUGACAGAAAUACGAGAACAACAAGAACGACUGGCUAGGCUUCACUUUGAAUUAGUACAGAGACAAGAUAUUGGAGGGGAACAGUCAGGUCUUCGACAUUCAAGUGCUAAUAUGCAUCAUUUGUUGCAUCGCCUUCAACAACUCAGUGUUUGUAUUGAAAAAUUACAUAGGGUCGGCAAACUUUUGAGAGAGAAGAGCCAAAUUGUCGAGGAAAACAGGAUAACGAAGGUAUCAAAGAGCCAUAUAUAUACAUAUGGAUACCCCCCCCCCCCACCGGUGGCAGUCAUAACCCAAAAUGAAGAGCCAUAUGCUAAGGGCCACAUGCGGCUCGCGAUCGGCGGUCUGCCGAUCCCUACUUUUGGUAAUUAGUAUAUUUCUAGGCCAGUGGUCGACAAACUCAUUAGUUAACAGAGCCAAAUGUCAAAAAUACAACGAUUGAGAUUUCUAUUCAGGGUCUAAUUUCUUAAACUUAAGCUAUAUAGGUAGGUACUCUGUUUAUUAACUUAAUAAACUUUAGUUGAAGU